AUCAUGACGGACAUCAUAUCUCAAAAUGAAAAUAAAGACGAUUUCGAAGAUGGUGAACUUCCUGAGGACGGUGAAAUAUGUGAUGAUGAAGAUGAAUCUGUAAAAGCAGUGCCCUCCAAAUCAUCAGAAUCAGCUCCAGGUGCUCAUAUUGCUCCAGCACAUCCUGAGAAAACAAGUGGUCGGGAUUCACGAGAACGAGUCAGGCGGUUUGAAGGGAAUAGUCCUCCGAGAGAGCGAGAUCCGGAUCCGUUUGGAUCUCACAAUGAUGCUCCGGAUGGAAAUGAUUAUUUCGGUGGAGAUAAAGACUAUCGUAGCGGAGCAGCAGCUUCGUCAGAAGAAGAACCAUUCAGUGAUACUGAUUAUCGUGUAAAUCGGCGGAGACGCUUAUCCCCUUCCCACGACGACGGAGACUUUGACCCGAGAUCAAAACGGCCAUACUAUGGAGGACGAGGAGGAUUCCGGGGUGGCUUCCGGAAUGGAGCGAAGCCAAGAUUUCAAACAGAACAUCAGAUCUGCAAGUUUUUCCGAGAAGGUUAUUGUAGAGACGGUGACAAUUGUUUGUACUCUCACCAAGCCGAAGAUUCACUGAGACGGCCUGUUCUGUGCAACUUUUAUGCUAAUAGUUUUUGUAAAAAGGGUCUACAAUGUCUUAUGCUCCAUGGAGAAUUCCCAUGCAAAUCCUUCCACAAAGGACAAUGCAACCAUGAUCCAUGUAGAUUUUCUCACGUUCCCCUGACGGACUAUACCCGACCAAUCAUUGAGAAGAUUCUAGCAGACGAAGAAGCCCGGCAGGCUCAUCAAGCGCAGCAGGCUCAAACAUACAGACAGAAUCCAGUGGCAAAUGCUGCUGCUGCCGCUGCAGCUGCACAAGUAAUGCCAAGAAGGAGAGUUCUCCUCCCUGGAGGCCCUAAUAUGAAUGGUUCAUCUCCACCCCACGCAACGCCUGUGAUACAUGCUCCGAUCCCUCAAGCAUCUCAUCCAAGUCAACUUCCACCACCAGCAGUUGUUGUGCCAACCAUUCAACGAAACCCUGGACCAGGAAUUCCAAUACAUCAGCAAUACCCUGUUGCUCCAGCAGCUGGAGGAUAUUUCAAUCAAGGGCCACGGCCCGAACAAGUUCAAGGACUUCCACCGCCACGAACAAUUGAGCCACCUAGGCUGAGUACUCAAACUCCUCCUAUAAUGCAUCAACAGCAACCACAACUAAUGAGGCCUAUGCAUCCAGUUCCAAUUCAACAUCCACAUCUUCAGCAGCCUGGAUUAGUUCAGCCACCGCAAAUAGUCUCUCAAGAACGACAUACUGCAUCACCACAAGGAUUCAAUUUAGAGGCAAUGCUUAACAAGAUGGCCAAUGGCGAAAAGCUCAUAUCAAGUCCUCGGAACAACGUGGUCGACGAUUCUCCAGCCUCGCCUCCUCCGUCCAACUAUUCCAGCAUGUUUGGAUCAUCGAAUCGUGUAGCAGUCAUACCACAAACAGUGCAAGUCACUUGGGGACUAGUUCGUGUUCAAAGGCGACUUCCGUACUCAAAUGUUGAGAACCCUGAUCGUAUAGCUGCCAAUGAUCCAAGAAGAGCCAAAGCAAUCGCCAAACAGUUUGAUGCUUUCAGCUCAUUGCUGGGCGCUGGAGGGAAUGCCGUAUCAGAUCCAAGACUUCGGGCACAGAAAGAGAAAAAUGAUCGUCAACAAAAUACAAUGCCAUUUUCCUCGUGGAUGCCUCAAAUAUCUUAAUUUUUAUUGUAAUUAUUCAAUGUCUACUGAAAACAUUAGUUUAUCUUUUAAACAAAACAAUUACAAGUUUAGAUUCAUGUGAGUGUAUCACAUUUUUCAAUCUUUCAAUUGAUCUGGUCUCUUCAUAUUGCCUGUUAAUGUUUAGUUCUUUCUUAAAGUUUUCAUUUAUGAUUUUGUGAAAAAUUUGCAAAACCUUUCCUGUCUUCAACGAGUUUAUCUGGACAUUUGAGGCUUUUCAAAAAAAUUUUCCACUCACAGACGAUACUGGUACGAUCCCUGUUCCAAUCCACUCCCCGAACUGCUGGCAUUUUAUUUUUAAUCAGUUAUCAAGUUCCACAAAUGAUGCUCACUUUUCUGAUAUGUGUAAAAUUGUGUUUCAACCAUUUAUACUGAUGUUUUCUUCACUUCUUUUUAACUUGUAUAAGAUGAGAACAUAUUUUGAAUGAAGAAUGAUUUAUU